CCAGCUCAUACAUCCAGAGAUGUUCCAGAUACAACUCAACAGAGAAUAGCCUUUAAAAAUCGCAAGCAAGACACAUUUGCUUCCUACUUUUUGCUCUUGGUAGCUUCAUGCUCUUGUUCAAUGCUGUGUCGCCAGCCAGAUGGGGCUCCUGCACUGUGAAAAUAGAAGGAGAUCGUUUCUUUAGUUUUUCAGGCUGAUGGCUUUCAAUUACUGCCUCAUCUUUCUUAUGUUUCUGUUUAUUUGUUUUAUUUUCCUUUUUUUUAAUUGAAGAUGUCAAAUGUUCUAUCUGAUGAUGAAUACAAACAUAAUUCUGUUUGCUCUUUUUCCAAAAGAAAAGAUUUUUCUCAGGUUUUUCUAAAGGAAUUUAGCCAAAUCAUCAAUAAUGAUACCUCAUUUAAUGAAAAAAAUAAACUUAAUUGUAAUACACAAGCUGAUACCUCUGAUGAUAAUAAUGAUAAUGUUUUUAAUAAUCGUUUUGAAGAUUUCGAUCUUGAUUUCUUGAAUGAUUCAAAUUUUAUUAAAAAAAGCUCAAUUAUUAAUCUGGAAAAUGAUAAUCCUAAUCCUAAUCUUAUUAAUAUUAAUACUAAUACUAAUACUAAUACUAAUACUAAUACUAAUACUAUUACCAAUAAUAAUAACAUUAAUAAUAUUACUAAAACUGAUAAAAAUAAUAUUAAUAAUCACAAUAAUAACCACAAUGAUAGUUAUAAAAAAAAAGAGAUAUCAAACGAAAUUAAAGAACUAAACAACAUAAUCAAAAAUGAAAUUGACAUCGACAUAAACUCUUUCAACAUAAAAACUGAUGCCUUUUUCUCAAACGAAGACUUAAAUACAAACUUCUACAGAAAUAACUCUCAUCUAAUAAUCAAAAAUGACAUUUUUAAAAAAUCACAAUCAAAAAUAGAAUACAAAAAUAACCUCUACAAACCUUUAAACCAACUCUUCCCUCCUCCACUAUCAAAACCACAGAUCAUUCAAAAGAUAACCAAACAUCUACAUAUAAUCAAACCUCUACUAAACACUUCCAAAUCCAAUAAAUCUACCUCCCUAUUCUAUAACAAUGCUCUAAAAAUUAAAUCAAACUCAACCCACUCAACUUUAAACAUAAAAGACUACCAAUCAAUAGACUUUUCCAAAUUUUCCUGUGGCUAUUUCGGCACAAAAAGACAAGCUGUCAUAUCAAAUAUAAUUAAAAACCACUUUAAUGACAACCUAAUCAAAACUGCUAAGCACAAUUCAUUAGUCUCCUUCUUAGGCAUUGACUCCUUCAACCUCUUUGUAUUAACCCCAGAAAUUGCUACAAGAUUUAUAAUGGAAGACUUUAACAUAAAUAUAGAUAAAGCAUAUCAAGUCCUACUCGAUACAAACAAUUACGGCUAUUACGUAAUGGACGAGUUUUCAGUUCUAAAACGGCACAAUCGAUCUGAUGUUUUAAACUACUUGAACGAUAUCGAUAUCGAUAUCGAUAUCAAUUCCAGCAACAUAAAAAUUGACAACAAUAAUGGUACUAAAAACAAAUCUAAUAUAAAUAAAAACAAGCGAAAGCAAAACUCCUUUCUUGAAUCAAUCACUUCUCUAUCCGAUGAUGAAAUCGAAUUCACAACACAAAAACCUGUUAAAAAACAUUCAAAAUCACUGAAUAUAGAUUUGGGUAUUGAUGAUGAUGAUAGUAUUGAUAUCGAUAUAGAUGAUUGGAAACAAAUCAAAAAAAUUAAAAAAUCAACUUAAAGACAAAAAAAAGACUUCUACAAUUUCUCUUUUUUUUACUUUCUAUCUCAAUUUGUAUACUAAUACCUGUUCAUCCAUUCUCUUUUUUUUUAUUUGUAAUUUUAACAAAAAAACAGCUUUUUAAUUUAAAUUUUAUAUAUGCGUUUGUA